GCAGCCGGCGAGGCGGUGGCGGCGGUGUGUGUUUUCUGCUCCUUCCCUCCCGCGCCCGCCUGGUGGCCGCGAUGCCUUCCCGGCCGCCGCUGCGGAGCCUGGCCUGCCUGCUGGCCCUGCUGGCCGGAGCCACCUGGGCCUCCCCGGCUUCCCCGCGCCGGGAGCGCGCCCCGAAGGCGGCCUCGUGGGAGGAGGUGAACGUGCUGGCGCACGGGCUGCUCCAGCUGGGCCACGGGCUCCGCGAGCACGUCGAGCGGCUGGGCGGGCAGCUGCGCGAGCUGAGCGGCCGGCUGGGCGCCCACAACGCCUCGCUGGCCGGGCUGGAGCGCUCGGCGGCCGAGCAGCGGGAGCAGCUGGCCCGCGCCCAGCGCCUCUUCGACGGCCGCUGGGCCGAGCUGGACGGGCGGCUGCGCGGGCUGGAGCGCCGGCUGGACGGGACGGGCCAGGCGGGAGCCGGCAACAGCAGCGGGAACGGCCCGGCGGCGGCGGAGAAGGAGCAGGGCGCGCUGCAGAACCUGAUCAGGCGUCAGAACGUGAGGAUUGAGGAGCUGCUCCAGAAGAUCAAGCAGCAGCAGUUCCGGAUGGACAAACAGAACCUGCAGAUUAAGAGCCUUCAGAGCAAGGUCAACACGCUCAUCCCGUUGCACCGCAGCGAGAAGGACCUGCAGAGGCCCCGGUGGAAGGUGACCGUCCAGCGGAGCGCGGACGGUCAAGCGGUCAACCACAGCCAGUUGGCAAAGCCUGCUGGGAGCCCAGAAGCUUCGAAGCUUCCAGCCAGCUGUCACAGUCUCUUCCUCGAGGGGCAGCAGAGCAGUGGGGUCUUUGAUAUCCAGCCCCCCGGAGGCCAGGCUUUCAAAGUCUUCUGUGACAUGGACGAGGGCGGCUGGACGGUGAUCCAGAGGCGCCAAGACGGCUCGGUGGAUUUUGAUCGGCUCUGGGACGCUUAUAAGGAUGGCUUUGGAAAUCUGACCGGAGAUUUCUGGCUGGGCUUGGAGAAGACGCACCGGAUGGUGAAGGCAGAGGCCUUCCGGCUGCUGGUUGAGCUGCAGGACUGGGAAGGCAACGGGCAGAAAGCCCACUUCCUCUUCCGGCUGGGCGGGGAGGAGACAGCGUACACCCUCAGCCUCCUGGGACCCAUCCGGGGGGAGCUGGAGAGCGCCAUGGGGGACUUCCCCCAGCUGCCCUUCUCCACCCGGGAUCGCGACCACGACCUGAAGGGCGACACCAACUGCGCUAAGCACCUCUCAGGGGGCUGGUGGUUCAGCUACUGUGGCCACGUCAACCUCAACGGCAGAUACUUCCGCUCCAUCCCACGCCAGCGGCACGAAAGAAAGCAAGGCAUCUUCUGGAAGACCUGGCGGGGGCGCUACUACCCCCUGCGAUACGCUGCCAUGAAAAUCCGCCCUGCAGAGCCAGACUGGGGGUCCUAAGCUCCCCCCCCCUUCCAUACACUCAAAAGACUGGGCACGGCGCUCCUUGCCGGUUCCCGCGAGACGCAGCUGGCCUCCGUCUAGCCUGGCCAUUGGGGGGAGAGCACCUGGGCACAUAGGGGGGGGGAGGCUGCUGUGUUGUGAUGUCAUCUGGGGGAGGCAGAGGAAUCUGGGAACCCCAGCUCUCGGACUCCUGGGAUCGCGGGAAAGUUUUGGGGUGCGGCGCGGCUGAUUCCGCUGACUUUGUGCCACAUCCAUGUGCAAAACACAUGUGGCUAACUCUCCUCCCCCCCC